AUGGUAUUGCACGAGGGCUGCCUCUUUGAUGCGGGCUUCAUUGUUGCUUUACAUUACCGCACGGUUUGCGAAGUACGAAGUACGGAGCUCCUAUACGGGUACAGUGCAGUGCUGUGCUGCAUCACGAGACAACUUGCAAGACGUACGAGCGAGCAGUUGCAGUCUCGCGACGAGAGCGGGGACGCCGGGGCACAAUGCCAAUGCCAGUGCCAAUGCCACGGAUGCGAUGCGUGCGAGGUGGUGCUGCGACGUCGCCGGCAGCCCGUCGGCGGGAUCGCGGUCGUCGUCACCGGCGGUGAUGAGACGAACUGGACUGACGACGUCACCUCGGCGCAAGGUUCCAGCCACGCGCAGAAAAUAAACUCAACUCGGAGCACGCGCCCCGUGUGGCAGUUAUUGUUGUUGUUGUUGUGCAGUUGCUUGGUUUCUCGAUGCGCUUGUUGGGCACGGGACGGGACCCAGAUGCUGUGCGAUGAAACAUGGGCGACCGGACGGAUUGACCAGUGCAGCGACUCGCGGCGGGGGAAGCACCAUGGGCACGGACCAUCAGGGGUCCUCCCGUCUGUCUCGCUUGCAGGCCAGGCCGCUGCGGCUGCCUCCGAUCAACAGCGCAGGGUCCUUGCUCGCCGUUCCGUCUGUUCUGCAGCACCUGGGUAUGCAGGCGAGAGCUGGUCCGAACCGGGGUUGGAAUGUUCUCCCAAGGCAAGGCACGAGCACUGUUUUACUUCACCGCCGGCUUGUUCGAGCCUAUAA